CGCUCGAUUUGAGGCAAAAAUCCAUGACCUGCGUGAACAGAUGAUGAAUCACAGCAUGAGUUCCGGCUCUGGCUCCCUCAGAACAAACCAGAAGCGAUCGCUCUAUGUACGAGCCAUGUUCGACUACGACAGAAGCAAAGACAGCGGACUCCCCAGCCAAGGCCUGAGCUUUAGGUUCGGAGAUAUUCUGCACGUCAUCAAUGCCUCCGAUGACGAAUGGUGGCAGGCCAAGAGAGUCAUGCAAGACGGGGACAGCGAAGAGAUGGGCGUCAUACCCAGUAAACGAAGGGUGGAAAGAAGAGAGAGAGCGCGGUUGAAGACAGUGAAGUUUAAUGCAAAACCCGGAGUUAUUGAUUCUAAUAUUAGUAUUAAAGGAAAUAGUAAAAAGAACUUCAUCUUUUCACGAAAAUUCCCAUUCUACAAGAACAAGGAGGAGAGUGAUCAAGAAACAAGUGACCCUGAACAAGGCACCACUAAUUCUACAAGCGACAGUGAAGGAUCCCUGUGGGGACAAGAAGACUGUAUUCUAUCCUACGAGCCAGUGACCAGGCAGGAGAUUAAUUACACCAGGCCGGUCAUUAUCCUCGGCCCUAUGAAAGAUCGGAUCAACGACGACCUGAUAUCCGAAUUCCCUGAAAAAUUUGGAUCAUGUGUACCACAUACAACCAGACCAAAGAGAGACUACGAGGUGGACGGUAGAGACUACCACUUUGUCGUAUCCAGGGAACAGAUGGAAAAGGACAUCCAGGAGCACAAAUUCAUAGAGGCGGGGCAAUACAAUGACAAUCUUUAUGGAACUAGUGUACAGUCUGUGAAGUUUGUAGCAGAAAGGGGGAAGCAUUGCAUUCUAGACGUAUCAGGAAACGCUAUCAAGCGGUUACAAGUAGCACAACUAUAUCCAAUAGCGAUCUUCAUAAAGCCUAAAUCUGUGGAUUCAUUAAUGGAAAUCAGCAAACGUCUGACAGAAGAGCAAGCCAAGAAAACCUACGACCGUGCGCUCAAAUUAGAACAGGAGUUUGGCGAGUUUUUUACAGCAAUCGUCCAAGGAGACACUUUGGAUGACAUAUAUAACUCAUGCAAACUGGUAAUUGAAGAACAGUCUGGUCCUUACAUCUGGAUAGCUUCAAAGGAGAAAUUAUAAUAUAGGAAAUAAAGUUAAAUCAUUAGAGGGAA